UUACAGUAAAUAGUCGGACGGAGCGAAGAACAGGAGGGCUGUCAGAUCGAAUUGAAAACGGUGACUCCCUGAGUUCAGAGAACCGCUCCUGUCAGGAACGGCCUCUCUCUGUCCGCGACGCUGGGCGGCCCAUGCUCCCGCAGUGCACCAUGGGUAGCUCUCCAGAGGUGCUGUCAUGGGCGUCGUGCCCCAGCCUGCUUGUUGGCAAGCUGAAGGAGGAGCUAAAGAACACUGUGGUGGGGGACAGCGUUAAGAAAACUUCAUCUCCCAACACCCCAGCCCCUCCCCUUCCUCUACCCCCCCAGAUCAUCACAGAUCUAGCGCCUCCCACACACCUCCUGGUUCCCCUGAUGACGCUCGCCCCACCCACAUGCCAGGACGAGGAGGCUAUGCUGGGCACCAGCCCACCAAUCACAGCGCUCAGUGAGGACUCUGGGCGGGAGCAGAGACAGUUUGACAACAGCGUGCUCCAAUUUCAGGAGCACGAGGAGGCGGAGUCACCGGCGUCAUGUGGCCAGGAGGGGUGUGGCAGCGGGGGCGAGGGGGAGGGGACAAGGGAAGGGUUGUGUCCCAUACACCAACACCACCCUGGGUCUGGAACCCACAACCACCCUCACCCGCAUGAUGACAUCAAACUGCACUUCCACAGAGCACCGGGAGGAGGGGGGUUCCUGGAGGGCCUGUUCGGCUGUCUCAGACCCGUCUGGAACAUCAUAGGGAAGACCUACAGCACUGAAUACAAGCUGCAGCAACAAGACAUGUGGGAGGUCCCGUUUGAGGAGAUCUCGGAGCUGCAGUGGCUGGGCAGCGGGGCGCAGGGGGCUGUCUUUCUGGGGAAGCUCCAUGGCAAUGAGGUGGCCAUCAAGAAGGUCCGUGAGCAGAAAGAGACAGACAUCAAACAUCUGAGGAAGCUCAAACACCCCAACAUCAUCGGCUUCAAAUUAAUCUGUACCCCAACUCCGUGCUACUGUAUCUUAAUGGAGUAUUGUUCCCAGGGCCAACUAGAGGUUCUGAGGGUCUGUCUGUAAUGAAGACUGCUGGUGGACUGGGCCUCAGGGAUCGCCUCUGGGAUGAACUGUCUGCUAAAGAUCAUACACAGAGACCUCAAGUCACCCAAUGUGCUGGUGACCCAACAAGACACCGUGAAGAUCAGUGACUUCGGGACGUCCAAGGAGCUCAGUGAUAAGAGUACUCAGAUGUCGUUCGCUGGUACGGUGGCCUGGAUGGCCCCAGAGGUCAUCAGGAACGCUCUGUCUGAGAAAGUAGACAUCUGGUCGUUUGGCGUGGUGUUAUGGGAGCUGCUGACUGGAGAGAUCCCCUAUAAAGACGUGGACUCCUCAGCCAUCAUCUGGGGUGUGGGUAGCAACAGCCUACACCUCCCUGUUCCCUCCACAUGUCCUGAUGGGUUCAAGAUCCUCAUGAAGCAGACAUGGCAAGGGAAGCCCAGGAAUCGUCCGUCAUUCCGUCAAAUCCUACUCCAUCUGGACAUCGCCUCAGCUGAUAUCCUGGGAGCUCCUCAGGAGACCUACUUCAAGUCUCAGUCUGAGUGGAGGGAGGAGGUGAGGAAGCACUUUGAGAAGAUCAAGUCUGAAGGAACCUGCAUCCACCGACUGGAUGAGGAGCUGAUCAAACGCAGGAGGGAUGAACUCAGACAUGCCCUGGACAUCAGGGAGCACUACGAGAGGAAGUUGGAGAGAGCUAACAACCUCUACAUGGAGCUGAGUGCCAUCAUGUUGCAGCUGGAGGUCCGCGAGAAGGAGCUCAUCAAGAGAGAGUUGGCUGUGGAGAAGAAAUAUCCAGGUAACUACAAGCGUUCCCACCUGGUGCGGCCCAUCGUCAGGCCCAACGCCGUGGAGAAAUUCAUCAGGAAGGAAGGCUGCAUUUCCCACAAGACUGGGAUACCCCCUGCGAAGAGGCCGGACCUGCUGCGCUCCGAAGGUAUCCCCAGUGUGGAGGUGCUCCCAUCCCCCUCGCCCCACUCUACCAGCCCCAAGGUUUCCACACCACCUGGCAAGCAGAGGUACCGCAGCAAGCCCCGCCACCGCCGUGCCAACAGCAAAGGUUCCCACAGCGACUUCCCCGGGGUUCUGAAGACCGGGCCGGGGGCGGAGGCUACGGAGGAGCAACAACCCCUCGGAGACCACUACCAGCACCAACCUCUAGGGAAGCAGCACUACCAUGAUCCUGCCACCGGGUGUGCUGUCCAAGAGCACUACGAGCACCACCACCACCCCCCACCACAGGGCCCUCUGCUGCCCCUGAAGAACAGAGAAGAAGCGGUGGUCAACUGUGCCAACAACCUGCGUUACUUCGGCCCGGCCGCGGCCCUACGGAGCCCCCAGACAGACCACCUCCAACGCCGCCUGUCUGGCACCAGCCCUGACCUCAUCUCUACGGCCGUGGUGUCAGACACACGCCAGCGCAGCAUCUCUGUGUCAGGCCCCGGGGGGAGGGGUGGGACACUGUGCCCCUGCUGCCAGGCACACCCCUUCCCAGGCUGCCUGCACUGCCAGGAGACCCCCACGGCCCCCAGCCACCCAGUGCUGCCACACUACUCCCUGCUGUCCACCUGUGAGGGCUCGUCCCCCUCCCUGUCCACAGUACCUGACCCCACGGCAGAGGGAGAGCAGCAGGAGAAGCAGGAUACAGCUCGGAAGAGCAGCUUACCCUCUGGAGCUGGCCUCCCACGCAACCUCAGGCCCCUCAGGAAGGCUGGUGAUGAGUCGUCAGAGGAGGAGGAGGGGGAGGUGGACAGUGAGGUGGAGUUUCCACGGAGACAGAGACCACACCGCUGUAUGAGGUCGUUCCAGUCCUACUCCACCUUCAGCUCAGAGAACCUGUCUGUAUCUGAGGAAGAGGAGGGUAACACCAGUGACCGCUCCCACAGCGGACCCCUGGAGCUCCUUUCAGCCUCUCAGGAGGACCACCUGGAUGAGCUGCUAUCCCACACACCUGACAUCCCCAUCGACAUCAACACCCAGUCAGACGGCCUGUCUGAUAAGGAGUGUGCUGUCCGCAGGGUCAAGACCCAGAUCUCCCUGGGGAAACUGUGUUCUGAUGAGCACAGCUAUGAGAACCCGCUGCACUUUGACUCCGACUGUGAUUCCUCUGAUGCAGAGUGUUCUGAUGCCACCAUUAAGAACAACCAGCCUGGCACACACACCUCCUGGUGAUCAUCCUCCCAUGGAAUAUCCUGGGGGCCACUCGGCCCUCCCGUCUGCUUGGAAAAACUCUGGGCCCCAGGACCCUACAGGGCCAUAGCAACGCCCCUGCAAUAGAUCCUCCCCCUACUUCCUCACUGCAUAGCAACCCCAUUCCCCCCAGACAACCUAAGCAGGGAUCCCUUUUGAAUGAUAUUAGAUAUAUAUACAGUAGAUAGAGGAUUGUGUAACAGUUUGAGGGAAAAAUCAGGAACUCUGUAAAACUUAAGAAGAAACAACAACAAAACUGUUAAUUGUAAGAUACUGGUGAGGAUGAUGAUGAUGAAGAGGACGCAGUGCAGCUUGGACCAGCCAGAGACUAUAAACUAACCAGUGGGUAACAGUGACUGUGUUACUGUAGGGCUGGGCAGGAUGUUGCUGUACUGUGUGUGUGUGUGUGUGUGUGUGUGUGUGUGUGUGUGUGUGUGUGUGUGUGUGUGUGUGUGUGUCAGCUGCUGGUUUCUCAGGCCACUGUCAGUACUCCAGAACAGUACAGUGAGUACGUUUACAUGCACACUAAUAAUUCGAUAUUAAACUGAUUAUGCCAGUAGGCAGAUUAUGCAAUAGUCAUGUAAACACCUUACUCUGCUUAUCUUAACUGGCGUGAGGUCAAAAUGGAAGGAAGUAUACACCGAUUAAAACACCUGGUUUUCUGAGCCAUCUGUUGAAUUACUAGGUCAACAACUUAAUCAUUCCUACAGUGUGUUUGAUCUGACAUGUGCUGGCACCAGCCGAGUGGGCCUCCCUCUUGAGGGAAGUGAGUGGGCCUCCCUCUUGAGGGAAGUGAGUGGGCCUCCCUCUUGAGGGAAGUGAGUGGGUCUCCCUCUUGAGGGAAGUGAGUGGGCCUCCCUCUUGAGGGAAGUGAGUGGGCCUCCCUCUUGAGGGAAGUGAGUGGGCCUCCCUCUUGAGGGAAGUGAGUGGGCCUCCCUCUUGAGGGAAGUGAGUGGGCCUCCCUCUUGAGGGAAGUGAGUGGGCCUCCCUCUUGAGGGAAGUGAGUUCGGGACAACUGAAUGUAUGCGUCAUUGAAGUAGUUUUCACAUACAAACUUUAUAUGUCCGAACACAGAAUCAAAUAUGCUUCCCAAAAAUAACACGGUAAUGACAUGUGGUACAGAGUUUAUUUUGAUUGCCGAUGUUCUUCAUUCAUCAUAUUGUCAUCAGGCAGCCUGAUUUCAGAUGUGUUCAUGUAAACAGGAUUAUUGGGGAAAUCUUUCUUCUUGCAAAGCAUGUAAACGUUUUAAACAAACUAUUAUAUUAAUCUGAUUAUCCACAAUAAUCACAUUAUUGUGUACAUGUAACCGUACUCAGUGAGUAUUCCAGAAUGGGACUGUCAGUAUUCCAGAAUGGGACUGUCAGUAGUCCAGAAUGGGACUGUCAGUAUUCCAGAACAGUACUGUAGGUGUUCUAGAACAGUGCUGUCAGUAUUCCAGAAGGGGACUGUCAGUAUUCCAGAACAGUACUGUAGGUAUUCUAGAACAGUGCUGUCAGUAUUCCAGAAGGGGACUGUCAGUGUUCCAGAUCAGUACUGUCACUAUUCCAGAAUGGGACUGUCAGUAUUCCAGAAUGGGACUGUUAGUAUACCAGAAGGGGGCUGUCAGUAUUCCAGAACAGUACAGUAUUCCAGAAUGGGACUGUCAGUAUUCCAGAGCAGUACUGAUGAUUCUAACUGUGUGAAAAGAACAUCAGAACACACAGCCUCCUGUCUUGUCCCACAGCCCAGCCCCCCACCAACCAUCACUGUCUCUGUAACUGUCUGACCAGUCCAGUAUGAUAUAACCUACCUGCUAAACAUGACUUUACAGAUGAAUCAGGACAGUAACCCGACCCCCAGUGGGACACAGACAUGGGCAAAUAACGUCUAAACACCAGCAUGAAACAACAGCCCAACCAUGUCCCAACCAUCAACCAACGUUGUCCCAACCAUCAGGGAUCCAUUUCAACACAGAUGGUUGAUUGUGAACCAGUACCUGGGCU